AUGUCACACACAGGACCCGCUACCAAAAAGCAGAGAAUGGAUGUCAAGACCAUAGGCACUCAUAAUGGCACCUUCCAUUGCGAUGAAGCACUGGCAGUUUUUCUUCUGCAUCAGACAGACACCUAUAAAGAUGCAAGCCUAAAACGCACCAGGGACCCAGCUGCCCUCGAUGAUUGCGACAUAGUAGUUGAUGUAGGAGCUAUAUACGAUGAAAGCAAACGCCGAUUCGAUCAUCAUCAACGUGGUUUUACUGAGGUGUUCGGUCAUGGCUUUAGCACCAAACUGUCAUCUGCAGGUCUUGUCUACAAGCAUUUUGGAAAGGAGGUUGUUGCCAGUGCGAUAGGGCUAGAACCGAGUGAUAAGAAGGUUGACAUAUUGUGGUUAAAAAUGUACAAGGAGUUUAUCGAGGCUCUGGAUGCAAUUGACAAUGGGAUCUCGCAAUACUCCUCCCAAGAACAACCGAAAUAUCGCAAUCGGACCGAUCUGUCGAGUAGAGUCGGAUGGCUUAAUCCUCGCUGGAACGAGUCUACGGAGUCUCAGAAAGUGGAUGCCCUGUUCUUGAAAGCAUCGCAACUGACCGGGGAUGAGUUCCUUGGUAGGCUUGACUACUAUGCCAAUGCAUGGUUGCCUGCGCGAGAUUUGGUAUUGGCUGGGCUCUCAUCGCGCCAGAAUAUCGAUGCCAGCGGAAAGAUCAUAUUGUUUGAACAAUUUGCUCCAUGGAAGGAGCAUUUAUUUGAACUUGAGGCUGAGCAGGGUGUCUCCGAAGAUGAACUUCCAUUUUAUGUGAUAUACCCUGACGAGACUGGGGGUAACUGGCGUAUUCAGGCAGUCCCUGUCUCUCCUGAGAGCUUUGACAGUCGAAAGGCGCUUCCGGAGAAGUGGAGAGGCGUGCGUGAUGAUGAGUUGUCAAAAGUAAGCGGUGUCGACGGAUGUAUAUUCGUGCAUGCAUCAGGGUUUAUUGGAGGGAACAAGACGAAAGAAGGCGCUUUGAACCUAGCAAAAUUGGCACUUAAGAUGUAA